AUGAGAAAGCGUCAUCGAGCACAAGCACAAGCACCACCUGAAAUCUACUUCUCUCUCACCUCCCCUUUGAGACCGACGGUCAUCCCCAGUGCGGCCCAACUGCCCAUCCCACACUCCAAUCGACCUCGACCGCAAGGCCUCGCUGUUGCCGCUCUUCAUACGGAGCACGUAUCCUGGGUACACCUGCACAGACCAGAAAUAAACAGUGAGGGGCAAACAACCGCAAUCACAAGCACAACCCGCGGCCAGGCGCAUAGCCUUGGGGGAAUAGCGCACCCCGACCACAACGACUUGCGAGCUUCAUGUAUCCAAAUUUGCGAUCACCAUGAGCCAGAUUUUGACGUCGCGGCAAGCCGAGGAGCUGUAAGUCACCCCACCCCGCAUGAAUUACACCGCAGCUUCUAAUUCAAGCCAGUCACAAGUCCAUGAUUGCAUACCUUACAUCCAUCAACCUGCCAAACAGUGCCGCCGCACUACGGGAAGAACUCCAAAUAGGGGAAUCCUUCGAUGCGGCGACCAGCAAGAAAUAUGAAGGUCUACUGGAGAAGAAAUGGACGUCUGUUGUGCGGUUACAGAAAAAGGUGGGACCCAUUUCCCGGAUGUUGGAAUCACCCUGAAGGCUGAUUUUUACGCAGAUAAUGGAGUUGGAGUCAAGAAAUGCGAGUUUACAGUCCGAGAUCGACUCUGCGACUCCCACGUCUCUUUCGAAAAGAAAUCAAGACCCUACGUCGUGGCUCCCACGAUCGCCUGCUAGGCAUACACUACAAUCACACAGAGAACCCGUUACCUGUGUGGCUUUUCAUCCAGUAUUCUCGUCUCUCGCAUCGGGCUCAGAAGAUUAUACCAUUAAAAUUUGGGACUGGGAAUUAGGCGAGUUGGAAAGGACGGUCAAGGGGCAUACAAGGCCGGUGUUGGACGUGGAUUUUGGAGGACCACGAGGAGGAACAUUACUGGCAUCAUGCUCAAGCGACCUUACAAUAAAACUGUGGGACCCAAGUGAUGAAUAUAAAAAUAUCCGAACACUUCCAGGACACGAUCAUUCGGUCUCAGCGGUACGUUUCAUACCUAGCGGUGCAGCCGGCUCACCUUCCUCAGGAAAUCUACUCGUGUCGGCCAGUCGGGAUAAAUCACUUCGUAUCUGGGAUGUAUCAACAGGAUAUUGUGUUAAAACGAUAAGAGGUCACGCAGAUUGGGUUAGGGAUGUUUCGCCGUCUUUUGAUGGACGAUGGCUGUUAUCGACAGGAAAUGACCAGACUGCUAGGAUAUGGGACGCAUCCUCAGGGGAACCGAAAGCAACUCUACUGGGUCAUGAACAUUUCGUCGAAUGCUGUGUGUUUGCGCCCCCAGCUAGUUAUGGGAAUUUAGCAACCCUAGCAGGGUUGAAGAAACCUCCAUCGGCCAGCAGCUCUGCGGAAUUUGUUGCGACCGGCGGUAGAGACAAGAGCAUCCGAAUAUGGGAUGCUCGAGGCACAUUGAUUAAGACACUUGUUGGACACGAUAAUUGGGUCAGGGGCUUAGUAUUUCACCCCGGCGGCAAAUACCUGCUCAGCGUUUCAGAUGACAAAACUUUGAGGUGUUGGGACCUUUCCCAAGAAGGCAAAAUGGUGAAAACUUUGGAUGAUUCGCAUGGCCAUUUUGUCAGUUGUAUUCGGUGGGCACCAGGGGUUAUAAAGGAUGUUCCAGCUACGAAUGGAGAAAAUGGAGCGACAAACGGAAUAAAGAAAGAUGACACCGCCAAAGUUGGGAUACGGUGUGUGAUAGCUACUGGAAGUGUUGAUCUCAAUGUGAGAGUCUUUGCUUCGUGAACCAAGGGAUGCGGUCUGUCAAGACGAGUCGAUAGAGGGACUUGAGGCAUGAUCGAUUGCAUGUGCCUAGUGCUCUAGAACAGAGUUGGCUACGAAAUAUGACGAGUUAUGCUAGCAUUUGUAUAGGGAGAAAUUGCUUCUUCGAAUCAAUUGAAAUAAUCAAAUACAUGACACUAUUGCUUUAAAAGGAGAGCAGACAUGGGUGUAAGUAGAUUGAUUGUGAUUGACAUGUACCUCGAACUCUCACUUGCGACCAGGAGGCAAGUCAUACAGUAUGUCUGUCCGAUUUUAUUACAUCAAUUUCCGAUUCACUUCUAGAAAAAAAUAGUCGCAAGGCUCAAAGCAAGCCUCGUCAUAAUUGGCCUCACAUCCAAGGCAUCAAGGCGCAAGGCUACAACUGAUAAUUGUUGACCCGAUUAGCAUCCAAGUCAAGGUAACAUUAACAUCAACCAGCUCACGUCAAAUAGUCGACCAUUUUACAGCAAAUAUGGCAUCAAUGCACGCGUUCGCUCAUGGUUCCUCCUCAGAAUCAUCUGAAGAUGACGAUCCCAAUGCAGAAGAAUUUGCAGAUUACAAUCCACGGAAACGAAGAAGAACUGGUCGCGAUGCAAAGGAAAGUGCUGCGAUGGGUAUAUUUGGAUCGGAGAGUGAGGAUGAAGGCCCUGGUCGACGAUGGAAGAAGAAGACUCUACGUGGAAAAGGGAUGGCUUUUGUCUCAACGGGACAGACCAAUUUGAAUGACGAAGAUGAUGAGGACGACGAGGAAGAGGAGGCAGAAGACGAGGAUGUAGAUAUGGAAGAGGAAGAAGCGGAGGCUCCACGAGGCUUGGGAUUUGGUGCAAGAGGUCUUGGGUUUCAGAGUCCAGCACCGGCAAAAUCCAAAGAUGGUCCCAAAAUCGGCACACCUCUUGGAAGGGGAUUCGUUCCAUCCUCUGCGGCUGUUCCGAUACUUCAAAAUGAUGAGGAAGAAGUAUCGACCCCGAGAAUCGCUCGCCCGAGUGCGUUUUCGACCCCCACCUCAUCGAAAGGAAUGCCAGGAAAGAAUGCCUCUGGAAGUGCCCCUAUCAAUGCAGGAUCAUUCGCAGCCAGAAUGAUGGCGAAGAUGGGAUACAAAGAGGGCCAGGGUCUCGGAAAAGAGGGCACAGGUCGAAGUGGUGUUAUUGAAGUUGUUCAAAGACCACAGGGAGUUGGUCUUGGUGCUGUGAAAGAAAAAUCAAGACAAGAGAUUGAGGAAGAAAAACGACAAGCGAAGAUACGGGGUGAGAAAUACGAAGAUUCUGACGAAGAACGAAAGAAGAAACGUCGAAAGCCAAAGACUAGUGGCACAGACAGUGGUGGAAGGAGUGGUAUAAGCACACCUCGAAGAGCUCCCAAACCCAAAUUUCGGACUUUGGAGGAGGUUCAGAGAGCCGCUCCAGGUCUCGAAAUUCCUGAUGUCUUUGCACCAAUUUUGGACAUGUCGGGCCCGGGCCAACGACUCCUCACAUCAACAUCUGGCCUUCUAACGCCAACGGCUGGAAAAGAGAAAGCGGAAAGUGUGGAGCAAAUUGAAAGCAAGAAAUUGGCCCGAAGAGCGCAAAACGAAUUAUCGGCCCAUGUAGAAGAAUGGAAGAAUCUGGAUGAGCGAAAAGCCUACGUUGGCAUGGAGAUUUUGCAAGAACAACAAGGCAUUGACGAACUACAAGCAGAACUCGACCAGUUCAAAAUCUUUGUUGAUGCAGCUCAGGAAAUAUUGCAAGCUUCCAAAGAUGGACAAUGGGAUCCUAUCAUUGGUUCUCUCAUCAAAGCAGUCGAAUUGCAAGUCUCGGAUGUCAAUGGAGAACUAUCAGAUACUGCAGUGGCUGCUGUACAUCCAUUUUUAACCCGUGCAACUGAAGGGUGGCAACCACUUGACGACCCCAAGCUGAAUGGUUUGGUACCACAAUUACACAAGAUUUACCAUAUACUUGGGGUUACUUCAAAUCACGAUAUCAGCAAGAACAAGAGCCUCAAUGGAUUUCAUCGCAAAACUAAAGCGACUACAGCAUACGAAAGUAUGGUCUACAAAGUCAUAUUCCCUAAAAUUGUCUCCGCCAUAAACCAAAGCUGGAAUGUCUAUCAUCCGGCAUCGUUACUCACUCUUCUCGAGUCCUGGGAAGGACUUCUCCCCAAUUUCAUCCGCUCGCUACUUUUUGAUCAAGCGAUAGUUGCCAAACUCAACGAAGCAGUCUCGUCUUGGAACCCGCGGAAGCGAAGAUCUCAUGAACUACCACAUCUUUGGCUCUUUCCCUGGCUUCAAUAUCUUCCAGCUCACCACGCCGAACCCAAAAGCUCUACGGGUUUAGUCAGUGAUAUAAAGCGUAAAUUUCGUCAUCUUGUUGAGAGUUGGGAUUUUCAUAAAGGUGUUGUUCCAGGUCUCAAGCAGUGGCGAGAAGUCCUCUGUCCCACCCCGGGUAAAGAUCACUGGACUCCUUUGAUAAUGAACCACGUCCUUCCAAGCAUGGGCCGCUUCCUGAAGAAUCCAAAGAAUUUUGUGGUUGACCCGAACGACCAAGCACCAUAUAUGUCUGCUCUUCAAGGUGUCUUUGCCUGGGAAGAGAUAUUGAAAGCUAAAGUGGUAGGCCAAGUGAUUGUGGAAACCGUAUUUCCCAUGUGGCAUAGUGUUCUACAUCAAUGGCUUACAGAAGUUGGACCCAACGAGGAGGUUGGACAGUGGUUCGAAUGGUGGCGGGACUCAGUGUUCCCAGCAGACAUCAAGAAACUUCCAACCAUCGAAGCAGAGUUCACCAAAGGCCACGAAAUGAUCAUCCAAGCUCUCGACCUCGGCUCCAAGGUCUCCACUCUCCCACUACCAUCCACGACCCACACGACAUCCCGUCGCACCUCGCCUGUUCCUGUUCCACAGCCGAGCAAACCCCAGCCCCAACUCGAAGAGCAGACCUUCCGUCAGAAAUUGGAGGAUUGGUGUAUCGAGAAUGAUCUCCAAUUCCUGCCCGAGAAGAAAGUUCUUCAUGAUAAAGGACCGCUUUAUAGGAUUACGGCGGCGGGUAAUGGGAAGAAUGGGGCGCUGGCGUUCUUUAGCGGUGAGGGGUUGGUGGUUUUGAGUAAGAGGGGUAGCGAGACUGUGGAGGUGGGUAUUAAAUGGGAAAGUGAUGAGGCGAGGGAUGCGCUGUUGGAGAUGGCUUGGUUUAACGUCAAGUAG